AAAGUUUGAGACAGACAGAGACAGAGAGUCGGACGUCCUGAGUGACGGAGGGGAAUCGAGCUCAGGACAAACCGCUGCACCGCACACUCCAAACAAGACGUGUUGUCUUUAGGGGAAGAGAGAGGCUGAGUCACUGGAUCCUUUCAGAGGGAAUAUCCUGAACCACAACCUGUUUGUUUUCUUUCUCUCUCUCCUUCUCCCUCCUCUCACAUCUCGAUGCUGUGCUUUGGGAUUUCUGCUCCUAACCCAUCACAUUCAUCUCCUCAUCUUUGUCAGCUGAAACGCUUUGAGUUACAGUUUUUUUCCAGAACUUUGCAACCCAACAAACUGGGACAGACGUUUGUACAAUUUCACUUGGACUAAGCUGAGUCAAACCCCGGUCUUGGAAUGAAUUUACCGGAGCCCAGGUUGUCUAGAGAGACUGUUCUGUCUCUCGGGGGUCACUGGACGUCCAGAACCCCGAGUCCAACUUCUGAUUCUGAAAUGGGUUUUGAGCGGAACCUGUCCGAGGACUGCGGCUCACCCGAUGGCCUCGGAGCCGGCAGCGUGAGGAGAACAGAACCGAGGAUUUCUCUGACCCCCGGUUCGGGGGGACAGAGCCCGGACCUGACCCAGGCAGGAGGUGUGUCGGUGGGCACGGCCGACGGGAAGGUCGUGGGGGGCGAGCAGAGGAUCCGCAGACCCAUGAAUGCCUUCAUGGUUUGGGCCAAAGAUGAGAGGAAGAGACUGGCGCUGCAGAACCCGGACCUUCACAAUGCUGUGCUCAGCAAGAUGCUCGGUCAGUCAUGGAAGAACCUGAGCGCCACAGACAAGCGUCCGUUUGUGGAGGAAGCAGAACGACUGCGUGUGCAGCACCUGCAGGAUCAUCCCAACUACAAGUACCGGCCGCGUCGGAAGAAGGCCACCAAAAAAUUGAAGAGGAUUGAGCCGGGGCUUCUGCUCCACAGCCUGGCCCAGGGUGGUGCACCAGGCCUGGGGCUGGGACCUGGUAUGAGCUCGCUGGGUGUAGACGGUGUCUCUGGAGGUUCUGCAUAUGGACACCCUCUGGCCCACCCCCACCACCUGCUGCCCUCUCUGGGUCACUUCAGAGACCUGCAGGCCCCGGGACACCUAGAGCUGGAGAGCUAUGGCCUGCCCACCCCAGAGAUGUCCCCUCUGGAUGUUCUGGAGGAUGGAGAGUCUGUGUUUUUCCCCCAACAUAUCCAAGAGGAGGGGGUGAUGGGAGGUUGGAGCGGGUACCACCACCACCACCACCUCCACCAUCCUAACCAGCAUUACAGCCCUCACUACAGCAGCCACCACGGCGCUGUGCACGGUGCAGCGACGCACACUCAGGGCUCCGGGAUGAGCUGUGUGAGUCCUGCUGAGUCCAACCUGAGCUCCAGCAGGUUGAAUCCAUCUCAUGCUUCCUGUCACCACGUCACGCUACGCAGUCCUGGGAAGUGCCCCCCACCUCUGUCCCCCUCCCCUGCAUCCUACCCGCCCUCCAUCAGCCUGUCUGAGCCAAUGAAAUGCCACCAAACCACCCUGAGCUCCGCCCCCGUCGGCUACUUCACUCAACUGUGUGGGAACUCAGUCCAUAACACCGCCCACUUCCCCCCCUCUCACCUGGGGCAGCUGUCCCCUCCUCCUGAGACGUCCCCCUCCUCGGCCUCCGUCCCUCCAACUACUUUUCUUUCUCACGUAGACCCGUCCAACCCAGAGUCCAGCGGACACCUGGGCUCCUCCUCUGCUGACUUCUGGUCUGAGGUGGACAGACACGAAUUCGACCAGUACGUGAAUCUCGGGAGGAAUCGAGACGAGGCCUUCGGACUGGCUGCCGGCUGUGGGGGCGGGUCCAAGGCCGUGGGUGGGCGCAGUAGCAUCGGGAGCAGCAUGAAUAGCAGCGGCAUCAUUAGCAGGGACGUCAGCAGCCUGCUGAGUGUGUGCGAUGACGGCAGCAGCCCCCUGAUCUCGGCUCUGUCGGAUGCCAGCAGCGCUGUUUACUACAGCGCCUGCAUCACUGGAUAAACCUCCUCCUGCGUCACCUCUUCAGUUCGUCUGAGCCGUCGCUCCAUGACGAGCAGAACACGGGGGGGCACUUUCAGCUCAUGUUUUCUCAUAGAGUUUCACUGGGAUUAUAAACGUUAGAUUUGUUCUAAACUAUUCAAAUUAAAUUGUAAAUGAAUCAUUUAGUUGUACAAACAUUUACUGGAGUUCGAGCUACAGGCUAACGUGGCUUAUCUGAGCCAUGACAUCUCCCCAAAGCCAAAGCAUCUCUACUGCCCCCUGGUGGCUGGCUGCAGUUAAGAUCAUAAACCCCUCCUCCUCCAUGUUAGCAGAUGGGACAUGGACCAAACUAAAACAUCCAAGUGGACAUUACAUGUUUGAAGAGAUGUUUCUGUCAUUUCAGGUAGUUCCUAUCACACUGAUGUUUGUUCAAGUGUUUCUGAUCAGUUUGUUUUAAUUAGUUAUUUGAUGAUAUAAAAACAAGCUCAGACCUCAUGAUUGACAGCUGAGACUGACUCCUGAUUGGUCGCCCUAGAUUCUCAUAUCCGAGAUAUUUUGGCUUCAUUGUGGGACAGUGGGAGGAGGCGGAGACGCAUCGUCCGUCUUUAUUUUCACUCGUUCUUUAGAAUAGAUCUUUUCAUCACAGGCUUGUUUGGAGGAUUUGUGACGUAAAGGUUCAGCAGCAGGUUUUAGUUUUUGCUGAUCAGCUGCUACUGUGGAAUAAAAGUACGUUCACAUGAUGCAUUGUUCUAUGUGGAGGAUGAAAUAGUUUUUCUUUAGACACUUAGAUUCUUAUCAAAGACCAAAUACAAGGAAAUAAAGACAUAGUUGAGCUGUGAUGAGUUAUUGAGUUGUGCUACGUCUCUAUGUUAGCACAAUGCCAAUUCGUGUUUAUCAGUAGCUGGUUGCAUUCAGUUAAUCCUGCUGCACGUUCUGGAGGAUUUAGAGAUGGAGGAUAUCAGCUUGCCUCAGUUGAAGUGCCGUUGAGCAGGACCCAAAGCUCGGAGCUGUCUGCACUCUGAACCCUGAGGUGACACUACAGGAACAAAAGGAACAAACUUUAAAUGCCCCGUGCGCACUGAUCACCAGAAGAAUCCACAUCUGUGAUCUCACGUUAUUUUUCAUCUCAGGAGCGGACGAAUAAUCAUCCCGACGUCAUCGAGUCAAAUUCAUCUCAAAUAAAAGGGACCAUGAAGCACAAUGAAGAACAAACUCUGGAGAUGAACAGAGAGGAAAUCAAACCUCGGCCAUGGACCAGAACCAGACCACUGACGUCUCCCACAAACCAUCAGGCUGCUUUACCAGCCGGCUCGGGUUUGUUCUGACCGUGAUUCCCUGUCUAUCUCCGUCCGUGACAGGGCCUCACGUCAAACUCUGAGCCAAGAUCUUUACGUUGAAGUUGCUUUGCUCUUUGGUAACACAAUGUGUUUGUAUUCAUUCAAACAUGAAGCCUCUGGUCUAACAAGCACAUCACUCACAGCAUGAAUUGGAGGCGCUGUGGGAACUUGUGUGGUAAAUUAUGAUCAUUUAGCUUUAAGGUCUUUCUGCUCUUUGUUUCAUUUACAGUAUAAAAGAAAAUGUUGAGGUGUUGAGGCUCAUGGUUUUUGGAGAUGUUGGUUGUUGAUGAAGCAGUUUACUGUUUAGAUGUCGAUGCUGAGGGAGAAACUGAGACUAUGAAUUGUUCUCUUUGCACUGGGUUUAAUGUCUUAUCUGUAUAGAGGGAACUCCACUUAACACAAAUCUAAAGUCCUUAAUGUUAAAUACCUUUUGUACAGAAAGAACUGUGUUGUUGUUUUAUAUAGUUUUAUUUAUCUUAAAGGAAUAGUUGAACAUUUUAGGGAAUAAACUCUUAUGCUUUCAUGCAGAGAUCGAGAUAAGAUCCAAAUCACUCUCAUGUGAGUUCAGUAGGAAAUCUGUGGUAAACAAGUCAGAUACAAGGUGUAAGUGCCAAUUUAAAAGAUGGUGGUGGGUGGGUGAGUCUUUAUGCUAAGCUAAGCUAAGCUAAGCUAAGCUAAGCUAUCUGCCUCCAGCUCAGAUGUUCUCACCUCACUCUCAACAAUGAAUAAGAAAAGUUACCAGAAACUUCUCCUGUAAAGAUGUGAUGGAGCCGUGAGUUUCUCACAUGUGAGUUUGUAUUAUAAUGUAAACUUUGCUUUAGAAAACAAAUGAUUUCUGUUCGAUCUGUGACAUGAACAUGAAACUGCUCCACACCAGUCAUUUUCCUUCAUUACUGGAAGUUAACAUCAGGAUCUGUGGUUUGUGCAGAUAAACCAGUUGUGUCCAGGUCUCUAUGUGUUUAUGUAGCAUCUUUCCUGUAAUGGUUUUGUAUACAGACAGCCUCUUCAAGGAUUUAUCCUGCAUCUGUUCUGCGUUAGUUGUACAGACAAUACUUUUUUUCUACAUGAAACAGUAGAAGAAAAUGGAGCGUUCUGCACAGUGAAACCAGUUCUAUUUACCGCAUCGUUCCUUGUGGCUGAAAACAGAGGAACAUUAGAUUUUUCCAAACAUUUCCUCUGGAGGACCGAGCCGCAGGGCAGCAGCAGUUCAAGCUCGAAGCAUUCAAAAAUAUUUCUACAUCUGCAUUUGACAUUCUUCUCUGUUGACACCAAACAGUCUUGUUUCCAUUUUAAUUGACCGUGACACACAAAGAACAUCAGAGACAGGCGUUUCUGGAGCCGUGCAAUAACUCCCGGCUUUUGGAAAUAAUUAUCAGAAGGAAAAAAAUGAAACACCCAAGAUUUUGGGAUUAAAACAAAGAACAUUUUCUCAGCAGUCGUAUAACGACAAAUUAAAACCAGGAGUUUCCCAGAAGUGUCACUGUGAUUCUUCUAAAUAUGUCUGACAGGGACCAUUUAUAUAUUUCCUCUAUAAGUGUAGAAAAUUGUUUUGUUUUUGUUUGUAUUUGAAAAGUGUGGGUUGGUUGUAAAUGGAUCUGUUUUGUUUCAUAAAGUAUUCCACAGAAUAAACAAUCAAAUAAGUGUCAA